AUGGCUCGGCGGGGCAGCUACCGCAGCGCCUUUUCGUGUUUCGUGCACGACCAGCUGCCCGCGCUGGAGCGGCGCGGGCUGCCCGUGGCCCGUGUGGCGGACGCCAUCCCCUACUGCUCCCAGUCCCUGACAGAGGCAGAGAAGACAAUGUAUACAGACAAGGCUCGUAAAUGGAAUAGCAAGAAACACUCUCAGAAGACUGUAAAGGAGACUUGGAAUGUGCCUGAUCCAGUUCCUGCUCCUCUGCCCACAAAGCUGCCCAGUGUUACUCCUUUGCCAGAUGCCUCUGCUCUGUCUUGGAAGAAUGAUCAGGAUAUGGUUGCAGACAUCUUCUACUUCCUGGACAUUUACAGCUACGGGAAGCUGCCACCGCACUGCGAGCAGCGCUUCCUUCCCUGUGAGAUUGGGUGUGUCAGGUACUCCCUGCAAGAUGGCAUCGUGGCUGAUUUCCACCACUUCAUAGAUCCAGAAGUACCACCACGUGGUUUUCGGUACCACUGCCAGGCUGCUGGUGAUGAAACCCACAAGAUCCCUAUAUCUGGAUUUCACCUUCCUCGUUCUUGUUACGCAGUUGUGCUACGGGAACUUGUUGAGUUUGCCCAGCCAGCCAGAGGUGCUCAGCCUCGCUUCUUCUGCAGGUCUAAUGACAGAUUCCGAAUUAACUGGUGUCUUGGUCGAAUGGCCAGCAUAACAGGCAUUGAGAGCCACUGGGAGCUUUUUGCAGUAGAAGACCUGAUAAUGAAACUGUACCAGAAGAAACACCAAAAGGAGCCAUCCAAGAUCUGGGUGUCUAGAAAACUGGAUGUCUGCCUGUGGGAUUUCUCCAGUAAUACCAGGUGCAAGUGGCAUGAGGAGAAUGAUAUAAUCUGCUGUGCUCUGGCAUCCUGUAAGAAAAUGGGUUACUGCAUCAGUAAAUCCUUUGCUAGUGUGUAUGGAGUCCCACUAACAGCAGCUCACCUGCCUCUGCAAGACUCUGAUUGUGGUCAAAGCACAAAUACCAGGAUUGUAAAACUGGAUGCUGGACACACCCAGAAAAUGAAAGCUGAGACUUCUGGAUGCAGCAAACCUUUGGGUUCUCCAAGACAGGAUCAAGAGUUUGUCCCUUCUAAUUGUGAUUCUCCAUGUGGUGUGAAGACCUCCCCUUGUGGAGCAAGUGUUGUAAAAGGAAGAGGAGUUACUCGAUUGCUGAGAAGUGCAUCUGAUCUAUCCAAGUCUUUCAGUAUUUGA